GAUAUCUUAAACAUGAACGAUUUUCUUGAGAAUCGCAUCUCAUGGGAUAGAAUCAGUCCCGUUCGUAUCGUAUCCUCUCAUGCCGGCAUUCAUCAAACAUCCAACCGUGCGGCAUCAGGCUUGCAGAUCUGCGCAGAUCAACGGGAGAUUCCCGUAUCCGCAAGUGCGUCGUUGUCCGCCUUUGUAUCUGAUUCGCCCCGGUGAACAAUUACGGGGCCUUGCAGCAAUAUCUUCUUGUGUAACAGCGAGCCUACAUCCGACAACAUGACGACAAUGGCCAUGAUCCGGUCUAGCCGAUAUCGCGUGGCCACAACGGCUUUGAAGAGUAUAAAUUUCCAGGAAACUCCAUGAUCAGACGGCAUUCAACACCGUUCUUCAUCCAACUACCCAGUAACUGCUUCUUCCGAAACGGGGGUCCAACAUAAUACCAAGAUGCGCACAUUCUUGCUUACUGCCCUCCUGACCUCUUUCGCUCUUGCCACUCCAGUAACUCACUACGCCAAACGCUGGACUUGUGGUGGGGAAGCACCUGCCUUCAGUUGUGAGCCCAACGCCGGCUGCAAGAAUGAGAUAGCUUGGGGUGAAUGCGCUAUCAACGACGGAUUGGUGGCUUGUGGGGAUCCAACGCCGAAUCAUACCACGCCUGUCUCCCCAUGCCAGAGCGCGGCUUUCUCGGCUUGUGAAGCAAAACAUUGUUGACCAGCGGACGGGGUACCAAGGAGCCAGGUCAGGACGCUGGAAAUCAGCUCAGCAAGCGGGUGUAGUGUUAGCACAUUUACACAAGUACAGCGUUACGGGCAAUGAUAUACAGGACGGAAAAUGCUACACGUUCAGUACCUAUGUAGAGAUGCUUGUUCAGUUUCUUGGGAUUUGGGACCAUCGAAAGGAGCCACCAUCGAAGCAUUCAGACGCGACACCAGCCGCGUAGGGGCUGGGUGGUCCCUUUGAGUGGAGUUCUUGGACCUUCUUUUUGCGCUGUAUAUAUUCCACACGCCCUGCCGUUCCAUUCAUCAACAUGAACAAUGGGCCACUAUUGCGUUUUUCCAGUCGU